AUGGGCGCAGCCUGGAGCAGCCCCGCGGAGCGGGAGCCCCUCUUGCCUCCUACACCGCCCGCCGGAGCGCCGCCGUUUGCUCAACAUGGCCAGUCCUAUCGGGUGGCGGCGGAGUCGCGGGGCAGAGGGACGCCUCCGGCGGGACCCCUGCCUCGCCUGCCGCCGGUGCCGGGCCGCGUGUACGGGCGGCGCUGGCUGGUGCUGCUGCUCUUCUCGCUGCUGGGCUUCUUUCAGGGCCUGGUGUGGAAUACGUGGGGCCCUAUUCAGAACUCGGCCCGCCAGGCCUUCGACUUCUCCAGCUUGGAUAUCGCCCUGCUGGUCUUCUGGGGGCCCAUCGGCUUCGUGCCCUGCUUCGCUUUCAUGUGGCUGAUGGACAAGAAGGGCCUCCGGAAAACUGUGCUGCUAACAUCCUUUCUCAUGGUAGUAGGCGCUGGCCUGAGAUGCAUACCUGUAUCCAACCAACAAACAAGGAAAUGGCUAAUACAUGGAGGACAGCUGUUAAAUGGAUUGGCAGGUCCAACUGUAACAAGUGCUUCUCCACUUCUUUCUACUACGUGGUUUUCACCAGAUGAACGUGCCACUGCCACAGCUAUUGCAUCAUUGAUCGGUUACCUCGGUGGAGCAUGUGCAUUUUUAGUAGGACCUUUGGUAGUUCCAGGGCCAAAUAGCACAUCAGCAGAUCCACCAGUGUUUGGAAAUAGUCCUGAAUACAUAAAGGACCGCAUUGAGGCUGUAUUGUUUGCAGAAUUUGGCAUUGUGGCUGUGAUAUUCUCUGCAGCGCUAGCUUACUUCCCAUCACGUCCUCCAUUCCCACCCAGCGUGGCUGCAGCUAGUCAGAGGCUCAGCUACGGAAGAAGUUUUUGUAGGCUGCUCAGCAAUCCUCGAUUUUUAAUGAUUGCUCUGGCCUAUGCAAUUCCACUCGGGGUUUUCUCAGGAUGGUCUGGUGUUCUUGAUUGGAUAUUAACUCCAGUUCACAUAAGCCAAGUGGAUGCAGGUUGGAUUGGAUUUUGGUCCAUUGUAGGUGGCUGUGUUGUUGGCAUAGCACUAGCAAGGUUUGCUGAUUUUAUCAGAGGAAUGCUGAAACCUAUCCUACUUCUGUUACUGUCAGGAGCAACUUUGUCAUCCUUUUGGUAUACUUUGACAUGUUUAAAAACUGUCAUUCACCUUCCUUUAACUACAGCCACACUUUAUACUUCCUGCAUUUUGCUGGGUGUCUUCUUGAACAGCAGCGUCCCUAUCUUCUUUGAACUUUUUGUGGAAACGGUCUAUCCUGUUCCUGAAGGGAUUACCUGUGGCGUGGUCACCUUCCUAAAUAACAUGUUCAUGGGAGUUCUUUUGUUUUUCUUUAGUUUCUACCAUAGAGAAUUUUCUUGGUUUAACUGGUGCCUCCCAGGUUCCUGCUUACUAAGCCUUCUACUCAUCUUAUGCUUCAGGGAAUCCUAUGACAGACUUUAUCUGGAUGUGAUUGUCUCUGUUUGAAAACCUAAAGCAAGGAAGUUGAAGAGGAUGGAAAAUAGUACUGGGUUUGACCUGUUUUCUUGGAAAACACAUAGACUAAAGGUUACAGUAUACAUUCAAAAAUUCACCGGGAUUUUUUGGUUGAAUUUACAAACAAAAAGGGUUAUUUUUAAUUCCUAAUAUGAUAUUUUAUCAUUUAGAUUAUUAUGAUGAGUCUUGUAUUUGAAUGGAAUUAGAAUAUUUUUAAAGAAAAUACCUAUUCAGAAGAAUGUGUGCUAGAAGAAAAUAUGAACUGUGAUAUUUUAUUUAAUAAGCUGCUUGACUGCAAAGAUGUGUGCCAACUGAACCUACUUACAACAAAAGUAUAAUAGCAAUAUCAUCACAGUUAGGAACUAAUGAUGAAAUUUUUAUGGGUAAAAGCUUCUUUUUAACUCUUUUUCUUUUUUAACUGUUUGGUGUUUUAAUGAGAAUUCUGAUAAUCCCACAUUUGUCUUGCUUUGUAAUAACAUGCUAUUUUUUCAUUGUGGCAUGUUCAUAACUAGUGCUUCCAUGAUAAGAUUUUCAACUUAGUUGCUAGGGCUGAACAAAUUGUUGCUCUUUCACUGUGAAUCACCUUCUAUAAGAGGGAAUUUAGUUAAAUACAAGAUAAAAGCUUUAACAUCUCCCUAGUUUUUUAUUUGAAGCUAUUUUUGCUUAUUUAAUCUGAAGAUACCAUUAUUUUAUUUUCCUCUCCAAAAGACAGACAGACAGGCACAUACAUACACAGGGGGGGAGGGAGUAAGAGAGAGAGACUUCUUACUAAAUGGUUCUCGGCAAUUGGUGCUAUGAAUUAUGUGAAAUUAUUUAAAUGAAAUUGCCUUAUAGCCUUGUAGCCUAAUAUAGACAUUAAAGUGAGUAAAUAGAGAAUUAUAGUCAUGAUAUACAAAAUUGUUUCUGUUCUUAAGAACUGAUAAUGUCUUAUAAAUAUGGCUUGGUAUUGAAGACUUUUACAUGAUUGUCUGAGAAUUAUUUUUGACUCGUGUGUCCUUCCAUCAGGAAGGAAGGGCCUCUUCCCCAAAUCUUUCAAAGACAAUGAAACAAAGAUUACAGUUUUUCUAUUAUAGAUUAGUCUUUUCCUCAAACUUGUUUACAAUGUAAAGGCUCUGCUUUUGUUUUUUUAAUAACUGUUUAGUAAAGAGAUCUAUUGGUGGUCUCAAGUGGCCAUAAGCAUUGCAAAAUCAAAAUAUCAGAAUACAGAGCUUCUGAAAUUUAGCAUAGGCUAGAAAAAUACAAUGCUUUCACUGCUCCUGCAGCCUGUAUUUAAGAGGGACAAUUUUUUAUUUGACUUGUUUCCAAUGCUCUUUCAUCUUCAGUUGAUUUUCCAAAGUUUCUGGUACAUCAAAUCUAAAACAAGUCACACAUUACUGAAGGUAGCUUGUUUUUCUCAGUGUUAUGCUCAUUGUGACACGUAUAAAGGGAAGUCUUGUACUGUAACAAUCAUCUUGAUUUUUUUCAUCACCCAAACCCCGGAUGGCUAUCAUGUUGUCAUUCUGAGUCAGAAACAGCACUUUUCUGUUUGUCAUUUUUCCUAUAUGUAAGUGAAUUAUUUCUUUAGAUUAACUUUCAGGAACGUUAGUUGAGUUACUUGAUGCCUUUUUAUAAGAAUGAGGCCACAGUACCUGAUUGGCUAGCUAGAAGGAAGGCAGUAUUGCAUGCAUUAAUGACCUGGCUCUUGGUCCCCUGGGAUACCAUGGAGGCUGUCAGGGGGCCACAAUAAAGAAUGAAUUGUGCUGGUUGUAUGUACUGAAUCUUGGAAACUUGCGAAAGAUAAAAGGCUUUGUAAUAUAAUAAUAAAUGAUAAAAAGGAAGCCAUGCUUAGUAGCUCAUAGUGUAACUCCACAUUUUCGGGGAAACAAGAAGAGCAAAAACAGACUGCGGAUAAUAAAUAAGCUUUAUCUUCUUAAAAACCUUUCAGACAAAGAGAGCCAGUUUGGUCUGCACAGGUUAAGGCACUGGGCUAGAAAGCAAGAGCUGCAAGUUCAAGUCCCGCCUUAGCCUACAAUGCCAGCUGGGUGAUCUUGGACCAGUCGCUUUCUCUCAGCCCGAGUUGUUUCACAGGGUUGUUAUUGUAGGGAAAAUAGAAGGAGGAAGGAGUGUUGGAUAUGUUGACUGCCUUGAAUUAUUGGUAAAAAUAACAAAGGUGGAAUAUAGAUAAAUAAAAUCAAUCAAUAAGUAAAUCGCUGCAUCAUUGUUAUACAGUAAUAAGGGGUUGUGCGGAGUUUGCCUAAUAGAGCAAAGCCAAAAAGCCCCAGUAGGAUUAUGUCUUUAGUAAAGCCAUAUUACAUUAAAUUUGUGAUAGAAAUAGCCCAUGUUUUAUUAUACACAUGAUCUUUCUGUCAUUUGUUGUUUCAUUUUGCUUCUGUUCUGUUUUCUCCCUCGUAUCAAAUUAGAGCUCAUUUAUUAAAUAUUCUCUCAUCAGCAUUUUCUGCCAUUUCUGUUACUGGAGCUUCAGGGAAAGACACUUUAGCACCACAGUCAGGAAUUUCUCUGCACGAGGUCAGGGAAAUUCAAACUUGAAAUAUUUCACAUUAUUAAGCAGUAGCUGACAGUUUGUGGUAGCUUUAUGCAGCUGUUCCACAGGUUUUGGACUAGCUUUUCUGUAAUUGUUACUGAAUAACCAGGGCUGCCUGUCCUGUCUAAUUUCAGAACAUCCACAAAUGGAGCAACUUUAAGCACAAUUAUAAAUGAUUCUGUAAAAUUAUUUUUUUAAAAAACCUGUAUCGUUUGACAAGUUAGCCCUGAAUUCUCAAAUUCCCAGUGUCUGAUCCAGUAUUAGUUCUAACCCAAUACUAUAAUUUGCAUAGAUCAGCAGCAAUAUGGCAUUCUGAGUAAAAUUACUCCACGUUUGUGCAUAAAUAUCAUAGUCUUGCAUAAUGUCUGUGUUACUAAACAACCCAUGAGCUCAUCCUUUCAAAAAUAUUUCCUUACCAGAUUCAACAGUGACACAACUUCUAAUGUUCUUUCUUCACUAGAAAAGUAUCUGCCAACAUCAGCACAGGAAAUGUUUUAUGACAUUUUGUAUUAUGUCAUAAAUUGUUAUGUUUAUGUCAUAAAGUGUUUUGUACAAUUUGCCAAAUUUCAAUUCCUGUGAAGAUGGCCAAGCCUAGGGAGACUUGUCUCUCUGGAUUCAUGUUUUUUUUUUAAAAAAAAUUCCAGCUUAAUAACAAAGGAACUGGCAUUCCUUUAGUUCAUAUGCACCAUUUUACCCAGUUUAAAAUUAAAGCAAUUAGAAUUUUAGCAUUAUAUGGAUUACUAAGGCUGAAAACUUACUGACUCAGUACAAUUUAUGUAUAAAUCCACAUAAGAUUGUGCUGUAACAUAAGUAGGAUUUACAUUUGCAUUCAGUUGUGCUAUGAUGCAUCACUCUAGGAUCAGUUUAUCCAUACAUAAUUAAUCAAUAUAUAACUAAUUAGGUAACCUGUACCUUUUCAUGUACUGUUGAAUUCCAUCUGCAUUCGUGACAAUUUUAUUAGCAUUAAUAUUAAUCAAUAAAGGAAAAAGUACUUUUUUAGAAUAAAGUUUUUUUUGUCAUUACAAUUAUUGUAGUUUGUUCCAGGAGACAACCUGGGUAUUUGAAAGGAUGAGUUAGUCAUAGUGAAGAAUUUAAAAAUACUUUACUUAGUGUGAACUGAUUCACAUUGCUUCACGGUGUUUGCUGAGAGGUAAAUCCCAUUGUAUUUAUUGAACUUUAUUACUACCUAAUUUAUUAUUUUAGCUUGAAUGUAUCCUAAUGAAAUUACUAGGAUUUGGAAAAUACAUAAUUUUUAUUGGAAUCUGUGCAAGCUUGCCAUCAUAGAUGUGUGUGAUUUCUACAUAUAAAAACACAUUAGAACUAUAAAGCAUUUUAUACUAACUUCCAUGCAAGCUACUCUUACACAGAGAACUCUUGGACUUAAAAAAGAAAGAAAGAAAAGAAAAUAGUCACUAGAGACAGGGGAAGGAAUGCUAAACAUUUUCCAUGCUUUCAUUCUGUUACGUUGUGCUCUUUUCCUCCAUGACUUCUAAAAAAACAGAUAGAAAAGUAGAUGAAGAAUUAAGCAUUUUUAGUCUUCCUCAGUUUUUCGUAUUUGAAUUUCUUUUC